CAUCAUAUUUCACAUCAUUCUUUUUUUCCAUUGUCUUUCUUUCAAACUUACUUUCUAUUAUUAAAGUAGAAAGAAAGAUAAUGGCAUUUUAUAACCAAAUUUUUUUAGUCUUUGCCAUUUCACUAUUCUUUACAACCCUCCCAUCUAAGGCAACAUUCUUUUUCCCAAGAUUCCAAGCACCUCCCCUAUCUCCAUCUAAAUCGUCAUCGUCAUCGUCCUCGCCCUAUACAGAAACCCUCCCACCUAAGGGAUACAACGUCCCUAAAUCCCAAGAACCUCCUCCAUCCAAACCAUACUCGCCCUCGCCCUCAUCCUAUAAGAAACCCCUCCCACCUAAGGGAUACAAAAUCCCUAAAUCCCAAGCACCUCCCCUUUCUCCAUCUAAAUCGUCCUCUUCCUUUUCCUCAUCCUCAGCCUAUAAAAAAACCAUUGAAAUUUCAAAAAAGAGUACUCCUGUCACCUCAAACGGGGAUGUUUCCAUAUUUAUCAACUCCGUGAUGGAAGCUACGAUGGCCAAGACGGAAGAAUUCAUUUCGACUGUCAUUGAACAACGUUUAGAGGAUCCAGAGACAGACAUUUACGCCACGGAUUGUCUCGAGACAUGCAAGGAGGUGUAUCAAGAUGCAGUGGAUGCCAUGAAGAAGGCUGAAGAAGAUUGCAAAGUUAAAAACUAUUAUAAAGCCAAUGUUGAUAUUAGUGCAAUGAUGACUGAUAUUGAUACUUGCAAUGAUUGUGCUAUUUCUGUAUAUGGAGAUGACUCUGAGUUUAAGGAAUUUGAUAAUUGGAUACAUGGGGUUGGUAGUGAUUGCCUUGAGAAAAUUGCUACCCAUAGCAAAUAAAUUGGUGGUAACUGACACAAAUAUUUCAACAACUUGUUAUCAACAAGUUCUUUAAUACUUGUAAGCAUUGUAAUUUGGGUUGUAAUCAUGGAAAAGAUUUGGCGAUGAAAUCUUGUAACCUACACCAUUUGGAAUGAAGCAACACUAUAUGAUAGUGUUUGAUAUUUUAA